GCCCAGUUCUGUCUGGUAAUCACUUGUUACUGAUCACUAAAAGCAAUUUCCUUUUUUUUUUUUUUUGUUUUCUUUGGUUAAUCAAUGAAGCAAAUGGAGGCGGCGGCGAAGGGGAUGGUGACGUCUCUGUCGUCUCUGUUCCCGGCAGAGGACGCGCAAAAGGCUGCAAAGCGCGUGGAGGAGAAAAUCGAAGAGCAGCGGCAUGAGAUGGAUCGUUUGAAGCAGUUUAUCACUGAUAACACCAACCUCGUCAACCUCGUGCAAAAGCUCCCGGAGAAGCUCCACCACGAUAUCAUGGUUCCAUUUGGGAAAGCAGCGUUUUUCCCUGGUCGUUUGAUACAUACCAAUGAAUUUCUGGUUCUAUUGGGCGAGAGUUACUAUGUUGAGAGAACAUCUAAACAAACUGUUGAGAUUUUGAAAAGAAGAGGAAAGUCGAUGGAGUCUCAAGUUGAUGAUAUUAAGGCCAUGAUUCAAGAUCUUAAGGCUGAGGCUUCAUUUUUUGAUGCUACUGCUUCUGAAGUGACGGAAGGUCUUGUGGAGAUAAGAGAAGAUUAUGUGGAGGAAAAUUCUACUGAAAGAGUAUCUGAAUCAGGUGCACUUGUGAAACAUGAUUCUCGUAAUCUUCCUAGGGGUGACAAUAACGAAGCCAAAGUUGAAGAUGAAGAAUUUGCUCGCAUGAUGUCCAGGCUGGAUGAACUCGAGGAAGAAGAACUUGCUGCGGAAAAGGACAACAACGAGAUGGCCAGAGAUCAAGAAAGUAAUGCAAUUGAAAGUGAAAGUGGAAGUGAAAAUGACGAGAAUGAGGAAACUGAAGCUAAUUCCAACAAGCUUUUGGAUGACAACUCUCCAGACCAUAAUCCUAGAUACUCUGAGGUAAUUUUAGGAUUAUCCUGGUGAAUAGUUUAUUAGCACAGGUUGUCAAUAAUUACUGUUGUCAAAGGAACAAACAUAAAAGAUACUAAAAUGAAGAUUGAUUGGUUAUAGUUUUUAACAAGUAAAUAAUUCUAGUAGCUCAUUUCUAUACAAACAACUUGGUCAAUGACUCCUAGAAAUCCAGGUAAGUUUUGAUUUAUCUUAUAACUUGGUUGUUUGAGAACUUAUAAUAUGUUUUGAUGUAUGCUAGACAUGCUUUGAGCAUUUGGGUUAAACUAAAAGUAAAGGAAACUUGACCAUCAUGGUAGUAUUUAAGUAUGACCUUGCCCUCAUAAUACAAUAAAUCUUAAUUUUACUUUCCUUGUUAGCUAACAUUUAUUUUUUAUUUUUACUUAACUAUAUUGCACAUCACUUCAAUUAAAUACUCUUUGAGAAUUAGAGAUAAGAUGUUAGAGAAGAUUUUUAUUUUAUUCAAUGUAUGCAACUUAUUUUUAGUUCAAAAUUAAAGAGAAAAAAUGAGAGCUUUAGAGAAAAGAAAAGAAUGAUUGGACCUAAAAAUGAAGGUUAUUUAGUAAUUUUUUACGGAAUAGGGAGGCUUUUU